GCACAUCCCAUGCCAGUUUGUGAUGUUUUCAGUCAGGAUGCUUUCUAUUGCUCCCGAUUGCUCCUCUGUAAAGGGGAAUUUAGCCUUCUUAAACUUCCUUAAGAAAUACGGUCGUUUUUGAGCUUUCUUCACUAGCUUGUAAAGUUCCUAGGGUAUAAAUAUGUGUGACUAUUGCCAAUAUAUUGACAAUGCAAUAUUUUCAUAUUCGUUGUGUUAUAUAAAUAUAAAGUAAUGAGUAAUUAUUAUGAUUAUUAAAAUAUAUUUAUUUGGCGUUAUUGGUAGCGGAGGGCAGACGCGCUGUGUGACGUGGCACGUGGGGCGGAAGAGGUUGUUUGUGUUUUGGUUCUAAGGGGAAGUUGCGAGAAGAAAGAAAGGAGGAGACGUGACGGGAUUGUUGAAUUUAUUUUCUUGGUUCCCCAACAUCACCUCACCACAGUGUCCCGGGUUCCGUGUGUAAAUACUACAGCGGUGGUAUUUAAAGUUCAAAACAUCGUCUGGCUCUCAGCAGAAGUGCUGAUAGUGAGGCACACAGGACACCGGGGGAUCUGACUAGGUCAUGGCCAAUCGGGGAGGAGCUACGAGACCCAAUGGACCCAAUGCAGGGAACAAGAUCUGUCAGUUUAAGCUGGUGCUGUUGGGGGAGUCAGCAGUUGGCAAGUCCAGCUUAGUUCUCCGCUUCGUCAAGGGUCAGUUCCAUGAAUUCCAGGAGAGCACAAUAGGAGCGGCCUUUCUCACCCAGACAGUGUGCCUAGAUGACACAACGGUGAAGUUUGAAAUCUGGGACACUGCAGGCCAGGAGCGUUACCACAGUUUGGCACCCAUGUAUUACAGAGGAGCACAGGCCGCCAUCGUGGUCUACGACAUCACAAAUGAGGAGUCCUUUGCACGAGCAAAGAACUGGGUGAAAGAGCUGCAAAGACAAGCUAGCCCGAAUAUAGUCAUCGCACUGUCAGGCAACAAGGCUGACCUAGCCAACAAGAGAGCUGUCGACUUCCAGGACGCCCAGUCCUACGCAGAUGACAACAGCUUACUUUUCAUGGAGACGUCAGCCAAGACAUCUAUGAAUGUGAAUGAGAUAUUUAUGGCUAUUGCAAAGAGAUUGCCGAAGAGUGAGCCUCAAGCUGCAGGAGCCAGUAGCGGGCGGAACCGGGGAGUGGACCUGACAGAAGCUGCCCAGCCAGCCAAGGCUCCAUGCUGCAGUAACUAACGUCAAGAACCCCCCCCCCCCCCCCCGACCAAUCAACCUGUAUAGCAGUAACUAAUGUGGCCGAUGCCCCGAAUGCCACUACAGUUACUAAUGCGAUGUAUUGUACUCUUAUCUCCAAAUCCCUCAUUUGCAAAACAACAAAUAUACCCUGUGCCCCCCCCCCUUUCUUUUUGCAGUAACGAAGUCAAUGCCAUUACACUGAUCUCUCCAAAUG